UCCGACCGGGUGUGUGGAUUUGUUACGUGACGAAAUAAACGACGGCUUAUAAAGCAGAUAAAUAAGGAAAUGUUCCCAAUUUUCACACCCAGAUGCAUGCAGUUAUCUGCUGUUGGAAAGACCUUAAUUACUAGGACCUCUUCUUUUCUUUGGGUUUACAGUUCAGCUAUUGUGAGAACAAUGAGUGACCAUAUGGACAAGACGGCUCAAAGCUUCAGGGAACCAGGUAUAUGCGAAGCAGAAGUAGCGGCCAUCAGUCAGGCAUCCGAGACGGUCAAGGCACUAACGCUCAAGGUCGAUGACCCCACAUUCACUUUCAAGGCUGGCCAAUGGGUUGACUUUUUCAUUGAGGGUAUAGAUAUCUUCACUGGGUAUUCCAUGUACUCCAGUCCUACCCAGCUCAAAGAGACACACACAAUAGACUUGGCUGUUAAACUCAGUGACUACGCUCCCACUAUAUGGGUGCAUAAUCAGUGUGUCGUAGGGUCAAAGGUCAAGGUCAGAGCAGGAGGUGACAAACUCGUCUUUGACCCUCAACCUGGUGACCCCUCAUGGAACGUUCUACUCAUCUCAGGGGGGAUCGGUAUCAAUCCCCUCAUGUCGUUAAUGCAUCAUGCAGCAGACCUGCAUGAUCAGAGGAAGGGGAACCCCGAGGGAUACACCCCGGGCAAAAUGGAACUGCUCUUCAGUGCUUCCUCCAAGAGUGAGCUCAUAUUCAAGGACACCAUUGAUGACUUGACAUCGAAGCAUUCUCCAAACAUCGCUGCUAAGUUUUUUGUGACCAAAGCGUCGGCUGAAGAUUCAUCAAUAUCAAAUCGAAGGAUAGACGCUAGUGACAUCAAGGCAGCUAUAGAGAGGUUAGGAGGUCCUCUGAGAUGCUUCGUCUGUGGUCCUCCUACUAUGAUAGCUGACAUGGAGGGGUUGCUAAGCAACGCGGGUAUCCCUCCAUCAGAUAUCUUCUGUGAGAAGUGGUGGUAACGGGAGUUGAUUAUCGAUGCAUUGAUUGGAAUGGUCAUGAGAAUGAUGAUCUUUAUUCCAAAAAGAUAUAAAUAGAUCAGGCAUUUACUAAAAAAAGUUUGUGGCAUAACUUUUAAAGCCUGUCUGUACUAGUCUGGCCAGGAGGGAUUAGACCACCCAGUAAGAUCACUGACCGGUGGCUAUCUCAUUAACUCAGCUCUCAAUUAACAUA